AUGUCACACUUCGCUCUUAUUGGCCUUGGCUUAAUAUUUGCUGCAGCCUCAAGCAAAGUGGUUAUUCGUGCAAUCAGACAGUCAAAAGCAGCAAAAGCAGGAGGCUUAAGCUUGGAUUCAUCAAGAGCUAAGCUAUAUAUGGGCCCAUUUGAAAAUCCGAUGACAAGAAGGGAGGCAUCUUUAAUCCUUGGCGUCAGAGAGUCAGCUCCAGAGGACAAGAUUCUUUCUGCUCACAAAAGGCUGAUGCUUUUAAACCAUCCUGAUAAUGGAGGAUCAACUUAUCUUGCAACAAAAGUGAAUGAAGCCAAAGGAGUUUUGAUACAAAAAUAA